AUGCCCGGAAAGAAGACCAACAGCAGCUCUUACAGCUCUUCCAGAGAAGCACCCAAAGGAAGCUACACUCUCAAUGUUGAAGACUACGACGCAAAAGAUGAGGCCACCCGCAAGAGCAACAACAAAAAGGCACCAACCCUCUCCAAAUCCAAAUCAAGUGUUCCCUUCGAAAGUAAACCCCCAAAGAAAUCUGACGGAAAACGCGGUGAUCUGGUUCGCAGCUCAACAUCUUGA